GACCAUGACCCGCAUUUUCAAAGUUACACGUUCAGUUCUGGUGCACACAUUUGAAUAUCCAUUUAAUCAGUCACGCUUCUGUUUCGAUUCUCUCGUCAGCCACAUACGACUCUAUGGUUUUAUCGGGGUGGAACGUUUUGUAUUUUACUCGACACUUAUUUUGGCGUUUUUGGUUCAUUGUGACGCUUUUUUUUUGGCGCUUGCAUUGUGUUAUCUUUCACGGGGGCGGGCGGAUUGAUGAGUUUCUUCAUGCUGAAUGGGCGAACGGUGGGGUGUCCGUGAUUAUAAACCAUUUGGUAUAUCGACAUGGCUUUUUUUUUCAAAUUGGGCGUCUCGGUUGCAAGACGCAGGUAUGUUUUUGGGGGGGGGUGGGACUUCUUAUUACUUCUCUGCGUGUUUAUCGCGUGCGGCGAGGAUCACAACCUUCGGGCUGCUUUGUAUAUAUGUCGUAAUGAGGGUGCAGGGGUGCGGCAUGGCAUUGGAGUGGAUUUAGUGUGAGAGUAUGAAGUUAACAUGAGAAUCAUGGGGU